AUGCCGCGCUCACGCUCGCCUCGAGCGGGCUCAGCCGGCGUCUCUCGCUCGAGCGACAACGAGGACCCUCCCGCGGCCUCCACAUCCUACCGCAUCGAGCGCUACGACUCCUCCUCCACCACAGACCUCAUGGUCACAUCACGCUCGAAGCGCAGCACCGCAGGUAACCGACUCAAAGCGCUGCUUGAUCAGGAGCUCGAGAAGGACGAGGUGUUCGCCGAGGUCGAGAACGACGUCGACUUUGAGGCGAACGAGCACGACGAUGGCGUCGAUAUUGUGGACAGCGACUUUGACCGCGACUCGGACGACGAUGCACGCCCCGGUGUCGACGACGACUCUGCAGGCGAGCGCGAGAUCGAAGCGCAAGAAAAGGCGGACAAGCAGAAGCGCCGUGCCACCGCGCGGGCGGUGGGAAUCAUCAAACGUCCUGCGCCCGUCCGUGCGCCGCCGGAACCAAAGCGUCGUCGAAUCAGCUUUGCACCUGAACAAUCCACCAGCCGCUCGUCACCAAGCUCCACACGCGCAGGGUCGGCGGACUCGCCAGCGGGACUCCGGAGUUCGGCACGCACAGCGACGGUGCAGUCCAAGCUGCAGGUCGAGUCGCGUCUCGAGGAGGCGACGCAGCGCAAGGCGGCCCAACCGGUGAGGGUGGUGCAGAAGAAAAAGCAGAGUCUGACGCAGGAUGCGCUGAUUGCUGAGGCGCUCGAGGUGGAGGAGGAGAACAGGGAGAGCUUGCGCAGGUUCUUGGAGCAGGAGGAGGAGAGGAGGGCAAAGCAGAGGCAGAGAAAGGAGCGCAUCACGGGGCCGUUUGUCAGGUGGGUCAGUGUAGGGCUCAAGACGCGUGUGGUCGAGGAUGUGACGCCGCAGAAAGUACGCGCAGAGGACGCAGGUGCGAGCAAGGAAUCGGCAGAACAGUCCGGCACGCCGACUGCGACGCAGCCAAGCGCUGUGCACGGAGGGGAUCGAGGGGAGAGCAGUGCGCCAGAUUCAGCAGCUAUGGCGCAAGGCAGCACGGCAGCUUCGUCUCAAGCAGCACAAGAUGAUGCGCAGGCGACUGCCAAGUCGGACGAACCUGCAACAGCAGCGCAAUCUGCUCAAUCCGCAUCGACAUCAGGUGUUGACCCCAACGCCACCUCGACUCCCGCAUCCGCUCCCCCGAGCUCGACGCCGAAGCCGUCACCUGCGUCAAACGUGGCCUCUUCGAGCUCGCUCACGCUGGAUCCAGUCCUCGCAGCGCGCGCGGAGACGCUUCUGCAACGAACCAACCCCUCCACCCACCCUCCUUCCACCACUCCUUUCACGGGAGAAAGUGGGUGGGAGAAGCAAGCGCGCACAUUGCUAUCUGUCGAACGGAUGCCCGAGGACUGGGAGUGGUUGGACGAGUUCAACGCUUUGCUGGGCACGCACUGCAACUGGGAGUCGUACGCGUUCGUUCCGCAUCGCAACCGCCCGUUGCGACCGCGCCAAAGCGUCUGCCCAAUCACCGGGUUGCCAGCGAUAUACAAGGAUCCCAGGACGGGCAUCCCGUAUGCAACCGCCCACGCCUACGGCGUCAUCACCAAGCUCAUCCACCACAAGUUCAGAUGGGCAAAUGCUCCAUGGGGCGUCUAUACCGACGAUGAAGAUCAACUUGGCCCCGGAGGGGUUUGGCAGAAAGCUAGGGAGAUGACCCUGAAACCAAAGCCAGAGGAAAAAGGGGACAAGGACAAGGGAAAAGACAAGGAGAAGGAAAAGGAGAGGAGCAGAGAAAAGCCAAAGGAAAAGGAGGACAAACGAUCCAAACCGGGAUUCGAUGUCGUGCUUACGAAUGCCAUUGCUCCGGGAGAUGAAAAGGCCUUACUCGCCCAGGCACUCUCGCUUCCCGCUGGCUCAACACGAUCAGGACGACGCGUCCACCGUAACUAA